AUCUCGAGAGAAAAGAGAUUGAGAAAUGUUGGCGGUCCUCAGACUGCCGCCGAUUUUGCUCUGACUGAAGCCGAUCUCGUAUCUGGGUUGAAAGAGAACGGAGGAGGGGGAGAGAGAGUGAAGUGGGGGGAGAAAGGCAGGAUUAAAAGAAUUUUAAUUUUUUUUAGAGUCUAGACUCCCGUUAGCGGUCCUGGCUCCGUUAAGUUAUGAUUAGCGAUCCUGGCCUUUUCUUAUUGGACAUUGCAGAAAAUUUUCUCCAACGUUGAUGCAGAGGAUGUGAGCUCGCACGAUACAUCCCUACGGUGAAGUGAAUCAGUUUUCAAGUGUUUAACUCCGCGACCCAGGCACGACAUUGCGCUACUUCCGUUCCAAAUGGUGUUGAGAGUUUCAGCUUCUGCUGCUGCAUCAUCCUCUUUGAGAUGUGCUGCGAGAGGUAAACUUUCAUCUUUGUUCAUAAACCCACCUGUUAUUUCUGAUUCUGCCUCCGAAGCUACAACAGAAUACUCCUCCCAUAAUUUAGAUCAAACAGAAAUCGAAAAUUUCAAGGAGAAGUGCAAAUCAGGAAAUAUCCAUCUAAAUUAUGCAGUUGGGUUCUUUAAUCAAAUGCUUCUCGUGCAACCCCCGCCUCCCAUUAGCAUAUUCAAUCUUGUCUUAGGUGCAACUGCCAAGAUCAAACACUACUUAGCUGCUGUUUCUCUCUACAGAAAAUUGAAUCCAAUCGGUAUCUCUCCCGAUUUCAUUACGCUAAACAUUCUAUUAAAUUGUUAUUGUAACUCUAGUCAUGUUCCAUUCGGUUUAGCAGUUUUCGGGGAAAUUCUGAAACGGGGUUACGGCCCCAACACUUUCACUUUCACUUCUCUGAUUAAGGGGAUGUGCACGGAGAAUCGGAUCAAUGAAGCUGCCCAGGUCUUCCAAAAAAUGAUUGAGCAGGGCUGCAUGCCCACCGUAAUCACAUAUGGGACUCUGAUUAAUGGAUUUUGUAGGUCAGGAAACACAGCCCUAGCACUGAAUUUGCACAGAGAAAUGGUGAAUGGAACUGUUGGUGGUGGUAGGUUUAAGCCUAACGUAGUUACGUACAGUAUGGUUAUUGAUGGCCUUUGUAAAGAUGGUUCCAUAGAUGAGGCUAAGGAACUCUUUGCGGAGAUGAUGGGUAGGAGGAUUUCUCCUGAUGUGGUUGUUUACAGCUCUCUAAUUCAUGGUUUGUGCAAUGUAGGCAAUUGGAAAGAGGCCAUAGGGCUUUUCAAUGAAAUGGUGGACCGAGGGAUUCCACCUACUGUAGUAACUUUCAAUAUGUUGAUGGAUGCACUUUGCAAGGAAGGAAAGACGACAGAAGCAAAUAAAUUGCUUCAAUUGAUGAUUCAGAGAGGGGAAGAGCCUGACACGAUCACCUAUAACACAUUAAUGGAUGGGUUAUGUUAUGAAGGUCGGAUUGAUGAUGCAGUGGAGCUAUUCAAGUCUAUGAAAUGUAGGGGGCACGAACAUGAUGUUGUCAGCUAUAAUGUGUUGAUUAAUGGGUAUUGCAAGAGUGGAAGAUCAGAUGAAGCUAUCAGGCUUUAUGGUGAAAUGCUUCAUAAGGAGGUCAGACCGACAAUGAUUACCUAUAACACCUUAUUAUCUGGUCUUUGUCAGCAAGGAAAAGUUGACGAUGCACGGAAGCUGUUUGAUGACAUGCAGGCUCAUGACCAGAAGCCCAACUUGUUGUCAUAUACUAUUUUAUUGGAUGGUCUUUUCAGGAAAAACUGUGUUUUGGAGGCAAUAGAACUGUUUAAAACUCUUGAGUGUAGUGCAUUUGAACCAAGUAUUAAGAUAUACAACUGCCUAAUACAUGGAGUGUGCAAAGCAGGAAUGCUUGAAGCUGCUGAGGAACUAUUUAAUAAACUGUCUAGCAGGGGCUUGAUGGCCAAUGUUGUGACCUAUUCCAUCAUUAUUAAUGCACUCUGUAAAGGUGGGCAGUUGGAGAAGGCAAACAAUUUAUUCUUGGAAAUGGAAGAAAUGGGUUGUGCUCCAAAUGUGGUAACUUUUAAUACCCUCAUGCGUGGUUUCUGCCAUAAUAGUGACGUUGAAAAAGUGAUUGAGCUUCUUCAUAAAAUGGUAGAGAGAGAUGUUUCCCCAGAUGCAUCAACAGCAACCUUAGUAGUAGAGUUGCUCACAAAGGAAGAAAAGUAUCACAAAUAUUUGACUUCUCUUCCAACCUUUUUGCCAAGGGACCAACAGAAGGGUGAUGUGAUGAAUGUCCAUUCUCUAAUCUUAGGUGCCAAGGAACCCUCUUAGCUUGGAGGAGAAAUCUGUAGUAUAGUUCAGGUUCUUGAGUAGAAGCUUGAUACACAACUCCUUGAUAUGGAAAUUGACAUAUUUGCUGCUGUAUCAAGUGUUAAUGAAGACUGCAAAAUCAUAUACAACUUAAGUUGAUUAAGACCUUCCAGAAAGACUUGUAGUGGACAUGGGUUGAUUAAGAUCAUAAUAUAUGGAUUUGAGAAACUAAGACAUCAUGAUGGCAAUUAGCUACCUUAUCAACAUUUGAUCCAAAAUGGACAACAACCAUGACGAAAACUGACAAAGGUUUAAUGAAUUUGGAGUUGAUGGUGGGUCUGCAGUAAAAAGACCUUAGUACAAAGUUUGAUGUUUUGAAAAAUCACAUGACUUUUAAUCUUGGGGUCCAAGUCCCAGAUGUAGAGAUGAAACAUUUGGUUGUCAGGGCUGUAUUUUUAAGGGGUAUUGAAGGCAUUCUCUUAAUCUCUGGAAACUCUUUUGGUGCAAUCCCCUGGUAUCUACACUUAAAUCUCUAGUGUGAAAGUGUGAUGCUUUGGUCUCUUGUGCCUUUAAAACCAAUAUAUUGGCAAUUGCUCUUUAUAGAAUCUUAGCUAUUAUUGCAUUGCUGGAAUCUGGGAAUAGAAACAGCUUACCUAUGCUCAGGAGGGAGGUCUAGGAAUUUUUGGGACAAGGAAAUCUCAUGGAAGGAUCAUCAGCAGUGCAUUGAGACUGAAGUACUUCAGGUCUUCUAUUGUAGAAACAUGUCUGCCUAUGAAGCUGAGAAAAUAGAAUUGUAAUCUUCUAGAUUAAAUUUUUCUGUGUUGCAAAUAUUAGAAAAUAUUUGUCAAUAAAGAAGUCUUUCUGAAGUCACUUAUUCACA